UCCAAAUUUCUGUUGUAGUUUCAAUACAAGCGUCAAUGGGGAGUGAUGGACAAUGACACAAACUUCAACGGAAUAGUUUUAUAAAAAUGUCUGUUAAUGGAGUAAUAACUGCUGUUCGAAUUUCAAGGAAAUCGUCUUUAUCGAGAGACUUUGUAGACGAGGAUGCGGAGAACGCUUCUGAUGAUGAAGCAAGGAGAAGUCGGCCGCCUACAGGCCGUCAACGACAACCUAGGCCAAAAACUGCUAAGUCGAGAGAACGUUUUAACACAGAAGAUAAAAGCUCUAAACAAAUGCUAAGAGCUGAUUCAGAUCAAAUUGACUUGGAAAAGCUUCUACAUUCUAUGCUUGAUAUAAACGAUAACAAGAAAAAUGGUGAUUUAUCAACAUCAAGAAAAGGACGGCCUUUUUCAGCUCAUCAACUUGGUAGUUACAACGAUCGGCCUGCCAGUGAAGUUUCUAAUGGAAGCUUUCAGGGCCACAAGCCCCGUGCGAGACCAUUUUCUGCUCACGUACAACAGGAUCAGAGGGGAAAUUAUUCGUUUUCUAAUGAUAGGGUGAAAGACAUUGACCGUGAGAACCAAAGGCUACUUAGAGAACUGGUUCGAAAACAAGGAAAAGUCGAGUCUAGGUCGAAACAACCUGUUUUCAUUAAAAAAGCAGAACCACUGAAAGUAAAAUCGUCAGCAACUUUGAACAGAAUAAGAGUUCAACAACAAAUUGAAAGGGAGAACUUGGCAUUGCUUCGUCGGCUAGAGAAGGUCAAACCUACAAGAGAACUCUCAAGAGAGCACCUGCUGAGGGAACAUUUCAGACAGGAACAACUGGCCACAAAUGUGUCCAGAAGCAAGCGCCGACCAUCAAGUGCAGGAAAUGUCACAAUGUCCAGGAAAUCGAGUAGUCUUAAUGACCUUCAUAAUAUUGACAAUGCAAGUGUGGCAAGCUCGAAACUUUCUUUGCCUGACCGACACAGAAGUGGCUCUUUGAAACAAACUACAGGUAAAAAGCACAGGACUUCAUCAAGACAUAUAGUUGAUAAUAGGCCCAUAUGGGAUUCUGGUUGGUGAGAUAUAUUUCACAAACCUGCUAUCAUGAUAUGUUUCCUUUCAUUAUAUGUUAUCAAAGAUUACCAAUGAAAAUCCCAAAGCCUAUGUUUGAGAUUUUUUGCCAUACCGUCUGUUGUGAUGCUAUUAUUUAUGCCAGCCUAUUGCCCCAUGUUCCAGCUCAUGGCAUUCUACAUUAUAUUAACUAGUAUUUUUUCUCAUAUUUUACCUAUUCCUUAAGCUUUGUGAUCUAAAAGCAUUCAUACAUGAUGCCACUGGGAUAAAAUAUAUUUCAUCAGACCCUUGUAAUGUGGGUCUAUGGAAAAUAUGUCAUAGGACAUAGGAAUACAUAGGAAUUCUCAAUUUUAACUGAUCAAUGACGUAGAUCUUCUAUUGGCUUGUUAAAGCUUGUGCUACCUCUUAGUCUUUCCAGAUGAUUUUGAUAUGAGUUCAGUAUGCUGUCAAAAAGUUUUCUAUGUAGCCAGAUUAUCAUACAACAACCUGUGUAGAUUCACAAGGCCCCUAAAAGACUCCUCCACUGCUUUGCAUCACUCCAAUAAUAUCUCUUGGUUAAGCCCUUUUUAACACCCAAUAAUAUUGUUCCCAAACCUUGUUUCAGUCGUUCUUAGAUUGAAGUCUUUUGCCAUGGUUUUUGCUUUGGGUGAUAACAGCUUAUACCUAUAAAAGAUAUUAGUAUAUGAAAUUAUCAUAUUAUGAAACAGUUUACCAGUUGCCUUUGCAAGUUUUUGUUGAAAUUUUACAGUAUCUCAACAUAUUAAAAUUGUAUUUAAAUGUAUGUAUAUAUUGCAGUGUAAAUAUUACCAUGUGCUGUCUUAAUGUUAUUGGAAAGUAAUUUGAUAUAACAAUUUUGACAAACUUUUCUUGCUGAACAAUGUCUUUUUUAUCAACCAGCUGCUUUUUAUCCGUAACGAUUCAUUUCAUAAAAUCUAUUCAGUGUUCAACUUUCAAUUCUUUGAUUUGAAACCAAAUGCCUUGCAUUCUGCAUGGGAAUUUAUUGUUUGAACCAAUUGAUUGGUCCAAUCAACUCAAGACUGGGCCCCUGCCCCAAGUUUUGCUGGCCCUGUGAAUUUUCUAAUACACUUUAUAUGAAAUAUAAAAAGCCCCUUAAGGUUGAAAUUAUGUCCCUGUAAACAUACAAAUUAAGAUAGUAAUUUACGCAAAGAACAUUUAAAUUAUGAAAAGCUUAGAGUAAGGACUUACAGGAGAUUGUGUAAGUAACAACUACAGUAUAAUAUACUCAGUAUCAAGGAGGGGAGGCCCCUUGGCUCUAGUGUGCCUGAAACAAAGAGGGUAAACUUCUUAAUGUUUAUAAUGUUUCCACAUGCUUGUGAAAUUUCUGUCAAGAGAUUUGCUUCCGCUCCAAUGUUUUACUUGGCUGAGGAAAGUGUCUUUGUUUUCUCUGUGUCUAGAAUUUAUGCCAAUCAGACAAUCAUAUUGAUAUACUUUCUGAAAAUUUCUGAGUUCUAGAUUUUUAAAAUUCAAUUGUGUCUUUUUAAUUUCUUUUCUUUUGGUGCUGUGAUUCCUUACUUUUUCUGAUUGUCAAGACAUUCUUUUUAUAAGAACCUGUAGAUGUAUUUCAGGC